CUUUCCCGUCUUCUUGACACCGAUACUUCCCACAAUCCUCUGCAACGUGACGCCACUUCCGGAUCCUGGAAAUUACCCAUCAGCCCUCUAGUUUUACUAUUUGGUCGAUGGUUGUUUUUGCAACUAGCUACAAGAGCACUGGGAGAAUCCAUUACUAGCGUGGAGAUCCAGUCGCCACAAUGGGUGAAAGAAAAGGAACAAACAAAUACUACCCUCCAGAUUUUGAUCCGGCCAAGCAUGGAUCCCUCAAUGGCUAUCAUAAAACUCACGCCCUGCGGGAGAGGGCCAGGAAACUGUCCCAGGGCAUCCUCAUUAUCAGGUUUGAGAUGCCAUACAACAUCUGGUGUGAUGGCUGUAAAAAUCACAUAGGCAUGGGGGUCCGUUACAAUGCUGAGAAGAAGAAAGUGGGGAACUACUACACCACGCCAAUCUACAGGUUUAGGAUGAAGUGCCAUCUGUGUGUCAACUACAUCGAGAUGCAGACGGAUCCGGCGACCUGCGACUAUUUAAUAGUAAGCGGGGCGAGCAGGAAGGAGGAACGCUGGGACAUGGCGGAGAAUGAGCAGAUCCUCACCACGGAGCGGGCAGAGAAGGAGAAACUUGAGACGGAUGCCAUGUUCAAACUUGACCAUGGUGGGCAAGACAAGGAGAAGCUUAAGAAGGCUCUGCCUUCUCUGUCCGAGAUCCAAGACUACCAGUCCAGCAAGAAGGACGACUUCCAGCUCAACAGCUCCCUCCGCAGGAAGUUCAGGACCGAGAAGAAAGUUCGCGCUGAGCAGGAGGAGAAGGACAACUCGGUGAGGAUGAGGACCAACCUGUCUAUCCCAUUGCUGCCAGAGAAGGAGGAGGACAAGAAACUGGCAGCACUGCUCACAUACCAGGCACCUGACUCCUAUGAGGACAAGCAGCACAGCAAGCGGAAAGAGAUUGCCUCCCGUUCGUGGUUCAACUCUGCCUCGGCCACACCGGGAACUGCUGCAGGGAGUCUGCUCCACAAGCUGGGCCUGCAGGGGAAAGAAGCAGCAGUAGCCAAAGCCCUGGGCUCCUCACCCGGCUCCCUGAUCCGGAAACGCUCAGGAGGACUGGGAGCAAAAAGCGAACCGUGCGCCACCAUCGCUCGCAGGAAGUCAAACCCUGAAAUCAACAUGUGUAACGGAGAGGUCCCUCAGAGAGAGGAGGCCCCAAGUAUAGUAGCAACACAAACGGGUCAGCACGUAACAGAGACAAAUGACAAUGGCUCCAGGGAGACGCAUGUUAAAACCACAGAGGAAGCAGAUAAAGGACUGACAAAAGCAAAGGAUUUUGGGAAGGUGAAGGAACAAGGCAGAAGUUUAGGAGCACUUGGAUCCUUGGUGGCAGACUACAGCGACUCAGAUUCAGACCCUGGACAAUGAGGCUGAAUGAUGAGCUGAAAGGGACAAUUUCUGUAUUUAAUGAACGGAGGUCUUCAUACGCAAAGUCAAUGUGUCCUUGUGUGAGAGUGAAAUAAACUGGAGAUGUUUGUCACGACCGCAGACAUCUUCUGUAACGCAUGUUGUUUUUCACUUAAACAAAACAAACAGUGAUGGUUAAGUUAACUGUCUGAUCGGAAAUACUUUAGUUUUAAUAAACUGUGAAAUAAGAUUUUAAUUUUAAGCUUGGCGGCCUGUAGAAUUCAUUGUCAUAAAUGUUAAAUGACAACAGCAUCUCUUAAAUAUGUGUUUGAAAAGAAAGAGUUAGUAAUAUAGAGUAUAUAAGGCCUCUGUGCAGAAACUACAAACCCAGCUUAAAGUAGUUGGUUAUUUAGAUUUUUAAAUUGAAUACAUAUGUGUGAUCUAGGGCUGCACAAUAUAUUGUUUUAUCGUCAUUGCAAUAUCAACUGGCGCAAUAUACAUAUUGUGAAAGGUUGUGACAUAUCGCGAUAGACACUACGAGAUUUUUUGUGUUUAGUUGAAGAAAAUAUCAGUAGAAAACUGCACUUUAAAGUGUAUAUGUCAUUCUUUUGUCAUGGUCAAUUCAAUGUUCAAUAAAAGAAUGUUAGAAAGGACAAUUGUUUUAAAUUCAAAAAGCAAUUUGUUGUAUUUUAAAAGAAUACUGAACACAACAGAAGGCAGAACUGAGUACACUCAAAUAUCUGUUAAUUAUUCAAAGACAUUAUCGCGUAUUGCAUAUUUUCCUCAUAUCGUGCAGCCCUAAUGUGAUCUGAUGACAAAACUGUCAGGCACCUUAUGAAAUAAAAAAAAAAACACUGUAAAAUACCGUU